AUGUCCAAAUCAUCAGGCCACCAUCGUGCUACUAUUUCCAGUCCCUCAUCUGGCAGCAACGGCGUUCUACCACUCCUCUUUGCCGGCUCCGGUACUGCCUUUGCACUCCUCCUCCUCUUCGCAGCAUAUCACCUCCUACGACACAUCGUCUCGACGUGCCGACGUCGCCGUCGCCACAGGGGACCAGCAAGUCAGAGCGCAGGCAUUAAACGUGACCUUAGACAGAACACGUACGGCCGUCUCGCGAGCCGCGUCGGGCACCCCGCCUCGGAUGACGAUGGAGAGUCGAUAACACAGGACAAGGACGUGCGCCGCGCAAGUGCCAUCGCAAACUCGGGGAGUGAAGAUGGAGACCCCGCCGCGCCACCCCUCGCACUGCAGAUCUACGUAAAUCGCCUCGAAGAGCGCGUGCAGCACCUCGAACGUGUACUUGAAGCGCGCGGCGCUACAAGUGCAAUGAACCCUAUCUCACUCGUCGUGGCGGCGCGAGCGCGAGCUCCAAGUACAUCUCAAGGUUUAUUUGAAAUGGAUACGGAUAUGGAAACGGCCACUGGCACGGGCACCGCAGGCGGUGACAGCCAGCAGUUUGACGCUGCUGCGACCACUACCAUAGCACGCGCACACGCAAACCCGUUUUUACAGGACGAGGAAGAGAGCCGCUUCCGACGCGACGGACUACCUCCAUCUCCGGAGCCAGAGAGAACGAACGACAGCCCUCUGAGCUACACGACCAAUACCCAGCGAGGGUCUCAGGCUGAGAGCGUGAACUCCGUUGGCGGGCGCAGCUCCCCUCCCGAAUACCGCUCGCGAGAGGUAUCUCUAAGGAGCAAUGCAAAUUAG